CACGUAGCACAUCCCGCAGCCUCAGCUGAGCUCAGAGUCUCAAACUCCUCCUCGACCCCUCAAAACGUCGAACACCUCCUGCCUCCUCCCAUGAGAGGAGAAUCCUUUCCUCUCCAGUCUCCAUGGCCUCCUCCCUGCUGCCCCCACCCACCUUCGCCAACAAGCACCGUUCACUCCUCGCCACCGCCAAGCACCCAGCCCCCAGGCUGACCAGGUGCGGCGCCGGAGGAGGAGCCGUCCCGGACGAACUCCUCGGCGCGCUGCACCUGGGACGGCAAUCCGACACGGUGGUCGCCACGGUGGGAGUCAGUGAAGACACGAGCGCCGAUGGCUGGAUUGAUCUUCUCGACGAGAUCAAGGGCGCGCUGCAAGCGGACGCGCCCGACCCGGCGGCCACCGCGAGCGACGCGCCGGUUGUCCCGGACGUGCUCCUGAGCUCGCCUCCGGCUAGCGUCGACGCGGCCAAUGCCGCUGCCGGCAUGGCCGUCGCCGUCCCGGACGAGGCCCUGACGAGCGCCGCGGACACAUCCAGGUUCAUCCCGGAGGAGCUCCUGGGCGCGCUGCACAUGGACGCGUCGAGCCCGCCGGUGCGCGCCGCGACGGGCGCGCUGGCGAGGCUGGACGCGCUGGCGGCCUCGCUGACGGAGCCCGAGCGGUGGGCGGCGGCGGGGCUCCUGGCGGUGGUGUGGCUGUACCUGACGGCGCGGCCCGGGGUGCUGAGCGGCGCCGUGGACGCGUACCUGCUGGCGCCGCUGCAGCUGGCGCUCGACAGCGCGCUGGGGCGUCGGAGCCUCAAGAUGAGCGACUUCGUGGUCGGGGAGCGCAUCGGGGAGGGGUCCUUCGGGGUGGUGUACUCCGGCGCCGUGGUGCCCAAGGGCGGCGCCGCCGUGGAGGAGAGGAGAGGCAAGGCCAAGACCAAGCUCCAGCUCGACGACAGGUACAAGGAGAAGGUCAUACUCAAGAAGAUAAAAGUGGGGACGGCUGGAGCCAAGGAGUGCGGCGACUACGAGGAGUGGUUCAACUACCGUGUGGCCAGGGCGGCGCCGGAGUCUUGCGCGGAUUUCAUGGGGAGCUUCGUCGCCGACAAGACCAAGUCGGAGUUCGUGAAGGGCGGCAAAUGGCUCGUCUGGAAAUUUGAGGGAGACCGGACGCUGGGCAAUUACGUGACCGACAAGAGCUUCCCGUCUAACCUGGAGCCGCUGAUGUUCGGGCGCGCGCUCCGUGGCGCCGACUCGCUCACCCGGGGCGCGCUCGUCGUGAAACAGGUGAUGCGGCAGCUGAUCACCUCGCUCCGCCGCAUCCACGACACCGGCAUCGUCCACCGCGACAUCAAGCCGUCGAACCUCGUCGUGACCCGGCGCGGGCAGGUGAAGCUCAUCGACUUCGGCGCCGCCACGGACCUCCGCAUCGGCAAGAACUACACGCCCGACCGCACCCUCCUGGACCCGGACUACUGCCCGCCCGAGCUCUACGUGCUCCCGGAGGAGACCCCGCAGCCCCCCGCUGAGCCGAUCGCCGCCAUCCUCUCCCCAAUCCUCUGGCAGCUCAACAGCCCCGACCUCUUCGACAUGUACUCGGCCGGUGUCGUGCUCAUGCAGAUGGCUAUCCCCACGCUCAGGUCGCCCUCGGGGCUCAAGAACUUCAACUCCGAGCUCAAGGCCGCCGGGUACGACCUCAACCGGUGGCGGGAGAUCACGCGCCGGAGACCCGACCUGCAGAUCCUGGACCUCGACUCUGGCAGGGGCUGGGACCUGGCCACCAAGCUCAUCGCGCAGCGCGGCCAGGGCAGGCUCUCCGCCGCCGCCGCGCUCCGGCACCCGUAUUUCCUGCUCGGUGGAGACCGGGCCGCGGCCGUCCUGUCAAAGCUGCAGCUGAGCAAAUAAUACUACUAGGAUUACAUGGGAUUGGCUACAUUGGACAAUUUGAGAUCCUGCAUAUAUUUACAUAGAAUGCAAAAAUUAUGUCCUGACAUGAGAUGCUAGAUCCGCCACCAAUGGCAUUGCCAUUUUUGUUGUACAGUCAGUCAUGAUCAUUCACGGGAGGGAAGAGAAGGCAUCUGGUUCUGGUGUCGAUCAGUACAUUGCCUUCUUGUACGAGUUCAUUGAACAGUGUGGUGCAGAGUUACACAUACUGGCUAACUGAAUUUACUGCUGAA